CAGCCGGAAGGAGCCAACAACUAUCCGGAGCAAGUUCUGCCAACAACUAAGGGUAUCCUCCGAUGAUUUCAAAAAGGAGAAAAAGAUAACUACGAUGGCUCACCAAUCAUUUUCUUGGAUCUUCAUCAAUGAGAGGACGUUCAUUACCAGGGAUCAACUUAAUUCUUUAAUGAAGAAUUAUAACAUUUUUUAUGGGAAUCAGAAAAAUCUGCACAUUUUAUAUGGACAGGCUGAAGAUGGUAGUCCAGUUGUUGAAGGAAUGCUGGAUAUUUGCUGGGGAGUAAAACGGCCAAUACAACUGAAAAUACAAGAUGAGAAGCAAAUCCCUAUGCUGAAGUCACCAGAUGUCUUUUGCAAAGGAAUGACACGCUGGGGGGAAUUUGAUGAUCUUUAUCAUAUCAGUGAAUUGGAUAGGAUCCAUAUUCCAGUGUCUGAAGCAACAAAUUCCCAGGAAGAUUAUUUAUUUUAUCACAGCAACACUCUGAAGCCUCAUGCAGAAGAAGAGCCAGAAUCCCCACUGCUCUAUAGAACCAUGAGUGAAGCAACCCUCGUGGGAAAAAGCAUGAAGCCUAUAAUGAUGGACAGAAAAGACAGACAAAACCAUAGGGCCUCUAUUAAUGGACACUUUUAUAACCAUGAAACAUCAAUUUUCACUCCAGUCUUUGGAUCAGAAACUAAGGUCAGAGUAAACAGUAAUAUGAAUACUGAAGAAGUAAUAAAACAACUUCUAAAAAAAUUUAAGAUCGAAAAUAGCGCCCAGGAUUUUGCACUUUACAUUAUUUUUGCAACAGGAGAACAGAAACGACUGAAGAAGACAGACAUUCCCCUCCUGCACAGGCUGAUCCAGGGACCUUCCAAAGUGAAUGCCCAAAUUUUCCUCAUGGAUAAAGAUACAGAAGAAAUUAGCAGUGAUGUGGCUCAGUACAUUAAUUUUCAUUUUUCUCUCCUGGAAUCAAUCCUUCAAAGACUAAAUGAAGAAGAAAGAAGAGAGAUUCAAAGAACAAAAUCCAAGUUCAAAAAUGAAAAGGCGUUUAUACUGCAUUGUCUUCAAAGUAAAUAUGUAGUAAGAACAGAGACAACUGUUUAG